GGACAAGUUCAGUAAAUUCAAUACCUACGCUUAUUUAACAUCUUCACUCCUAGUAGGGAAUUCUUAUUUCUAGUGAGAAUUUUAUUUCUGUUUAUUUGGCCAUAUUUUUAUCGAUUAUUACAAGAUUACAAGUGUACUUGGCCAUGUGACAAUCAGAGAAACGUGACAUGAUUAUGUACUUUCAAAAGGUGGUUGUCAUAUCAACUAUACAGUAUGUAUAUGGACUCUCGUACAUAGUCAAGUAUUAUGUGUGUGGUAUGUCAUGAACCCAGUAAUGAAAAACUGUGUUUGCAGCACGAUACGAAGUUUCGCAGGAUCGGGUAAUGAGGUUUUGUAUGCUAUCGGACAGUUUCUCAGCGCAUUAGUGUACGGAGGCCGAAAUAAGAAACUGAUGGCAUCGACAAGCAAAGUUUCGAAAUCAAAUGCAGAAGAUAUUACGAGCAUCCAUGCGGGAUUAAUUGAAGAAAUUCAUGAUAUUCCAAUGACAAUUCUCAUUCGUCCCUUUCCGCUUGAAGUAGAUGAAGAUAAAGUUCAUAGCAUAAUGAAGACACUGCAAGAUCCAGUGAAAUGUUCUGAAGUGCCACCAAUUGAUGUUUUGUGGAUUAAAGGUCGAGAAGGAGGUGAUUAUUACUAUUCAUUUGGUGGUUGCCAUCGGUACUCCGCCCACAAACGUUUGGGUUCACCAACGAUAAGGGCCAAGCUGGUGAAAUCCACUAUCACUGACUUGAGUGUCUACCUGGGAGGUUCUACACCUGAUCUGAGAUAGGGUGAUGACUAAAAAUAUCAGUGGCCCCCAUCAUACUAAAAUAGGCAAACAGCAAUGUUAAGAAAAAUGAAAGAAUUAGAGUACUUUAAAUAUGGUCAACAACUCUUGUAUUUUAGAACUUUUACUUAUGCAAGUUACAUAUGAAUAUUGAAAUUCUCGUGUUUGAAUGAUUUUAUGAUGGAAGAAUAUGAGUAAGAAACUUGCUUAAUGUUAACUAAAUGUGUAAUUUAAUCUGACUCUUGAAGCAUUUUCAUCACAUCAGUGGUCUGUCCUUGAACUUUACAAGUUGUGAUGUUGAUUUAGUUUUGUUCUGUACUCAAGCAUCCAAAAGUGACCCAGUUCUUUAUCAUAUGGAUAACUGAAGGAACUGGCCACAUGGUUGAAUGUCUGCUACUUGGGACAUUACUUGAAAGAUACCAUGUGCAGUAAAACCUCAGCUUACAUAGUAAAUUCAGUUUGAAGGUAUCCAUGUAAGUUGAAAACCAGGUAAGUCCAACUGUGAUUAAAUAUGAUAUUUUUUACAUAUAUGUUCAUAUCAAGGGAUAGUUGAAGCCACAAAAGUAUACAAUAAAAUGUAUCAUAACAUGCCAUUUUAUGUUUAAAUCCUGUAUAUCCAGUACUAAUGAUCAUGUAAAUCAAAGUAUAUAGACUGUUUAAAUAAAACAAAGUACUUUUGUAUCCAUGUUUCUAUGAAAUAGUGCAACUCAAACCCACAGUACUUAUUGUGUAAAAAAUCUUCAUAACACAUUCCUAUUUUGUUUAUUUUGCAAUUUGUCUCUAUUGUUGCAUAAUCCAACAUUUCUCUUACUCAUACAUUUAAGUUGAUGCUGUCGUGUAGUUUGUGAAGAGAAUAAUAUAUUUUCAAUUUUCUUCAAAGA